UCAGGCGUCUUCCUGUCGGAUUGUAAAAUGGCGCAUUGUUGUUACAGCCAACCGCGGCUAUUUUAUUAAGAUUUUUGGGCUGCAUAGUUCUUUGAAAUAAGAUGCCGUUAGUAGUAUGACUUUUGCAUGAGUCAGUUCUAGGUUGCGCAAACCGGUUAAGUCCUUUGCGUGCAUGCAUCUUCUUUGAUAUAGCCAGCUAGGUAAACAUCGGUAGUUAGCAUUAACUAGCUAACUGGAUGGUAAUCGGUGCAGUUUCUUUCAAAUCAGUGACAUCAGUUUAACAAAGAUGGGUUAUUUAAAACUAAUAGAAAUUGAAAAUUUCAAGUCAUACAAAGGACGACAGAUCAUCGGACCUUUUCAUAAGUUCACAGCAAUCAUUGGACCCAAUGGAUCUGGAAAAUCCAACCUUAUGGAUGCCAUCAGCUUUGUGUUGGCGGAGAAGACCAGUAACCUGCGUGUGAAGACUCUGAAGGAUCUUAUCCAUGGAGCACCUGUAGGGAAACCAGCUGCCAACAGAGCUUUUGUCAGCAUGGUUUAUCAGGAGGAUAACGGAGAGGAGCGAUCUUUCACAAGGGUCAUUAUUGGUGCUUCCUCUGAGUACCGUAUCAAUAACAAGGUGGUUGGCCUGCCUGAAUACAGUGAAGAGUUGGAAAAACUUGGCAUUCUGAUCAAGGCCAGGAACUUUCUGGUCUUCCAGGGAGCUGUGGAGUCAAUUGCAAUGAAGAACCCAAAAGAGCGAACAGCUCUGUUUGAGGAAAUCUCCCGCUCUGGAGAACUGGCCCAGGAGUACGACCGGAGGAAGAAGGAGAUGGUGAAGGCAGAGGAGGACACGCAGUUCAAUUACCAUCGGAAGAAAAACAUUGCUGCUGAGCGCAAAGAAGCCAAACAAGAGAAAGAGGAGGCUGAACGUUACCAGCGUCUAAAGGACGAAGUUGCCAGGGCAAGUGUCCAGUUGCAGCUCUUCAAGUUAUACCACAAUGAGACCGAGAUUGAAAAACUCAACAAAGAGUUGGGCCAGCGGAACAAGGAGAUUGAGAAGGACCGUAAAAAGAUGGACCAUGUGGAGGAGGAGUUGAAGGACAAGAAGAAGGAGCUUGGGAGGCUGAUGAGGGAACAGCAAACCAUUGAGAAAGAGAUCAAGGAGAAGGACUCUGAGCUGAACCAAAAGAGGCCGCAGUACAUCAAGGCCAAAGAAAAUACUUCACACAAGAUCAAGAAGCUUGAGGCAGCACGCAAAUCAUUACAAAACGCCCAGAAAAUGUAUAAAAAGCGCAAGGGUGAUAUGGAUGAGCUGGAUAAAGAGAUGAGGGCUGUUGAGUUGGCUAAGCAAGAGUUCGAGGAGCGCAUGGAGGAAGAGGCGCAGAGCCAGGGCCAGGACCUGACCCUGGAGGAGAAUCAGGUCAAGCAGUACCACCGGCUGAAGGAAGAGGCCAGUAAACGUGCAGCGACCCUGGCCCAGGAGCUGGAAAAGUUCAAUCGUGACCAAAAGGCCGACCAGGAUCGCCUUGAUUUGGAAGAAAGGAAGAAAGUGGAGACAGAGGCCAAAAUCAAACAGAAGAUCCGUGAAAUUGAAGAAAACCAGAAGCGUAUUGAGAAAUUAGAGGAUUACAUCACCACCAGCAGGCAGUCUCUAGAUGAGCAGAAGCGCAUGGAGGAGGAGCUGACUGAAGAGGUGGAAAUGGCCAAGAGGAGGAUCGAUGAGAUCAACAUGGAACUUAACCAGGUAAUGGAGCAGCUGGGAGAUGCCAGGAUCGACAGGCAGGAGAACAGUCGGCAGCAGCGUAAAGCUGAGAUCAUGGAGAGCAUCAAAAGGCUGUACCCUGGUUCUGUGUAUGGUCGUCUGAUUGACCUGUGCCAGCCCACUCAGAAGAAGUAUCAGAUUGCUGUGACCAAAGUGUUGGGAAAAAACAUGGACGCCAUCAUCGUUGACUCUGAGAAGACCGGCAGAGACUGUAUUCAGUACAUUAAGGAGCAGAGAGGAGAACCUGAGACCUUCCUGCCACUUGACUACCUUGAGGUUAAGCCAACAGAUGAGAAACUGAGAGAAUUGCGUGGAGCCAAGCUGGUGAUUGAUGUGAUCCGCUAUGAGCCCCCUCACAUUAAAAAAGCCUUGCAGUACGCUUGUGGCAAUGCUCUGGUCUGUGAGAAUGUAGAAGAUGCACGAAGGAUUGCUUUUGGAGGACCAUACAGACACAAGACGGUAGCCCUGGAUGGUACUCUCUUCCAAAAGUCUGGAGUCAUCUCUGGAGGUGCCAGUGACCUGAAGGCCAAGGCCAGGAGGUGGGAUGAGAAGGCAGUGGACAAGCUCAAAGAGAAAAAGGAGAAACUCACUGAAGAGCUCAAGGAGCAAAUGAAGGCCAAGAGGAAGGAGGCUGAGCUGCGUCAGGUGCAAUCUCAGGCUCACGGUCUACAGAUGAGGCUGAAAUACUCCCAGAGUGACCUGGAACAGACAAAAACCCGCCACCUCUCCCUUAACAUGCAGGAAAAGUCUAAGCUGGAGAGUGAAUUGGCAAACUUUGGCCCUCGCAUCAACGACAUAAAGAGGAUCAUCCAGUCUCGUGAAAGGGAGAUCACUGACCUGAGGGAUCGUAUGAAUCUGGUGGAGGAUGAGGUUUUUGUAGAGUUCUGUAAGGAGAUCGGCGUCAGAAACAUCAGAGAGUUUGAAGAGGAGAAGGUGAAGAGGCAGAAUGAGAUUGCAAAGAAGCGUCUCGAGUUUGAGACUCAGAAGACCCGCCUUGGUAUCCAGGUGGACUACGAGAAGAACCAGCUGAAGGAGGACCAGGAGAAGGUCAUGAUGUGGGAGCAGACCGUCAAGAAGGACGAGGCUGAAAUAGAGCGACUGAAGAAGGAGGAGCACAGGCACAUGAAGAUCAUCGAUGAAACAAUGGCCCAGCUGCAGGACCUGAAGAACCAGCACCUCACCAAGAAGUCUGAAGUCAACGAUAAAAACCACGAAAUGGAAGAGAUUCGCAAAAAACUGGGCGGCGCCAACAAGGAGCUGACUCAGCUUCAGAAGGAGGUGACCGCUAUUGAGACCAAACUGGAGCAGAAGCGAAGUGACCGUCACAACUUGCUGCAGGCGUGUAAGAUGCAGGACAUCAGGCUGCCUCUUCGCUCUGGAACCAUGGAUGACAUCAGCCAGGGAGAGGGAAGUUCUCAGACAGAUGAGUCCAGCAGUCAGAGGACUUCCAGCAGUGUUCUGGCCAAAGAGGCUCUUAUCGAGAUCGACUACAGCAACCUGUCUGAAGAUCUGAAGGAUGCACUGUCAGAGGAAGAGAUCAAAGCGGAGACAAACACACUGCAGCAGCGCUUGAAUGAGCAGCAGAGUGUCCUACAGAGGAUCAGCGCGCCCAACAUGAAAGCCAUGGAGAAACUGGAGAGCGUCAGGGACAAGUUCCAAGAGACGAGUGACGAGUUCGAGGCCGCCCGUAAGAGAGCCAAGAAGGCCAAGCAAGCCUUUGAACAGAUCAAGAAGGAACGAUUCGACCGCUUCAAUACCUGCUUUGAGUCCGUGGCCACAAACAUUGACGAGAUCUACAAGGCCCUCUCACGCAACAGCAGCGCUCAGGCUUUUCUGGGUCCAGAAAACCCAGAGGAACCGUAUCUGGAUGGAAUCAACUAUAACUGUGUGGCUCCAGGAAAAAGAUUCCGACCCAUGGAUAAUCUGUCUGGAGGAGAGAAGACUGUCGCUGCCCUGGCGCUACUCUUCGCUAUUCACAGUUACAAACCCGCUCCUUUCUUUGUCCUGGAUGAGAUCGAUGCCGCUCUGGACAACACCAACAUCGGAAAGGUGGCCAAUUACAUCAAGGACCAGUCGGUGCAGAACUUCCAGGCCAUCGUCAUUUCUCUGAAGGAGGAAUUCUACACAAAGGCAGACUCACUCAUUGGUGUUUAUCCAGAGCAAGGAGACUGUGUCAUCAGCAAAGUGCUGACCUUUGACCUCUCCCAGUACCCCGACGCCAACCCGAACCCAAAUGAAUAAGACAAACGCUUCCAUCACUGGCAUUUCCGCAAGUUGGUCGUUCCAUUUGCUAUUUCUCUUUUACUCUGUAGUCACACACCAUGUAUCUAUUAGGUCCCACAUGCUAUUUCCUAUGUUUUUUUAUGUUUGUAAUUUCAAUAUGUUAGCGUAGUCAGUUAGUGAGAGUGUUUUUUUGUUGUUGUUUUUUUAAGUUGUGGGGGUUUUCUUAAAGACUGGAUGUAUGUACAUUUUUACCAGCUGACCCUUUCUGAAUCUGGCCGUACCAGACUGAUGGUUAUCAAAGAUUAUCAUCAUUAAAAAGGAAUUAUUAUGACGUGCAAGUGAGUGGGGAUUGAAUCUUUUUAACAGACUCCACAAUUUGUACCCAGUUUAAGUGAUAAAAUGUGUUGAUAAGCUGAUCUGAGAACUUUUAUACUGUUCACGGUUCUGUCAAUAAUGUGCUUUCAGACCCUUGCCUGUCCUCUGUUAUAUGCGCUGAAAGAUGUACCUGCAUUUCAAUGUGCUACUUUAAAAAAAAAAAAAAAAAAAAAAAAGCAUAAUCAGGAAAUGGCAGUAGUUUGGUGAAAACAUUCCUGUGUGUAAAGACUCAUUAAAACCUGUCCUGAGCUGCAGAUGCCGAUAUCGUGAUCACAUUCAGGCUUUUUUAGUUUCAGUCAUCGAUUGCUUUAAAGUUACUGAGGUAUUACGUCUGAAUGAACAGUCUCUUUAUAUUCCCUGAGUAAUAAUCUGAAUCUGCUUUAGACAAAUGGAAAACAUUGUGAGAACCUUCUGUCAGAUUUGUUUUGUUGAUUGCUUUGAUUCAAUAAAUGAGAAUUGAAUUA